AUGCGGCCUGCACGGGCAAAAUGGCCCAAAAAAGAAAGCAUCUCUGAUCCCCGCGCCGGGGCUGCUAGACCUCCCUCAACGAUGUCGAAAGAAGCGCAACUCUCAAUCGCAGAGCGCGACUUCAUUCUCGAGGCGCUCCGCGAGAAUGUGCGUCUCGAUGGUCGCCAGCCUGACGACUAUCGUCCUUUGAACAUCUCCUUUGGUGAAGAAUAUGGACAUGUGAAGCUGCAGCUUGGGAAGACGAACGUUAUUGUUCGCAUAUCCGCUGAGGUUACUAAACCGCGUGAAGACCGACCUUUCGAUGGUCUUUUCAACAUCAACCUGGAGCUGACUGCAAUGGGUUCACCGGCUUGGGAAAACGGACGACCCAACGACAUCGAGGCAUACGCCACCAACACCCUUGACCGUAUCAUCCGCCAUUCUAACGCCCUCGAUACUGAAUCCUUGUGUAUUCUGAAAGGUGUGAGCUGCUGGUCGAUUCGGGCCGAUGUGCACAUUAUCGACUACGAUGGAAACAUCACCGAUGCGGCCUGCAUUGCGAUCAUGGCUGGACUGCAACACUUCCGCCGGCCGGAUGCUGUGGUGAGAGAAGGACGUGUCAUAGUCUACGGCGUGGAGCAGCGUGUACCUGUCGCACUUAACAUCACGCACAAGCCUCUCUCAGUUACAUUCCACACCUUCAAUGAAAGCAAACAUGUCAUUGUUGAUGCCACCCUCAAGGAGGAGCAGGCUGCUGAGGGCGAUAUUGUCAUUGGCAUUAAUAGCGCAGGCGAUGUCUGCUACCUCUCGAAGUACGCAGGUGCACCCGCAGACGCUAUGGCGAUUGUGAACAAGACAAAUGUGGCAUGGGAAAAAGUCAAACAGAUCAAUGCUGCUGUCGAGAAGGUCCUGCAGGCCGACCUGGCUAAGCGGGCAAAGAUUGGUAUGGCUGAUGAGUCUCGGGCAGAAAAUGACCGGUUGGUUCAAAUCGAAUAA